GGCCUGGCGGCCGCGGGGGAGGCUGAGGCCUUCAGAGAGAACCUGCAGGAGAUGGACCGCUUCCUCGGGCCCUACCCCUACGAGACCCUGAAGAAGUGGGUCUCCCUCACCAGCUUCAUCAGCGAAGCGGCGAUGAAGAAGCUGCAGCCGGAGAGCGGGCAGAUCUGCGCCUUCUCGGAGGUGCUGCCGGCCGUGGCCGGGCGGCGACGCCGCGGCCGGGGCGCUGAGUUGCAGUUUGCUUUCAUCUGCUUUCUGGUCGGGAAUGUGUAUGAUGCAUUUGAGCACUGGAAAACACUCUUAAACAUCCUGUGCCGAUCUGAAGAUGCCAUAGGGAAGUAUCAAGACCUUUACGUCAAUCUCAUUUCUGUGCUGUAUCACCAGCUCAGUGAAAUUCCAGCUGAUUUUUUUGUGGACAUCAUCUCCCAGGACAACUUUUUAACCAGCACCUUACAGGUCUUUUUUUCCUGCACGUGCAGUGCUGCUGUGGAUGGGACCUUAAGGAAUAAGGCUGAAAAAUUCAAGGCUCACCUAACGAAGAAAUUUAAAUGGGACUUUGAGGCAGAGCCUGAUGACUGCGCUCCUGUGGUGGUAGAACUUCCGGAGGGUGUGCAGGUGGACUAA